ACACACUUUAGAUAAGGACAAUUAGUCACCAGCGAGACCCAGUAGGGAGAGAGGUUUAAAUCAGAGGGAUUUAAUGAGGGUGCUCUGUGCCUUCCCUGAAGACAUGCCCUCCAGCAACUCCCGCCCCCCCUCGUGCCUAGCCCCGGUGGCUCUCUACUUGGCUCUGUUGCUCCAUCUUUCUCUUUCCUCCCAAGCUGGAGACAGGAGACCCUUGCCUGUAGACAGAGCUCCAGGUUUGAAGGAAAAGACCCUGAUUCUUCUUGAUGUGAGCACCAAGAACCCAGUCAGGACAGUCAAUGAAAACUUCCUCUCUCUCCAGCUGGAUCCCUCCAUCAUUCAUGAUGGCUGGCUCGAUUUCUUAAGCUCCAAGCGUCUGGUGACCCUGGCCCGGGGACUUUCACCUGCCUUUCUGCGCUUCGGGGGCAAACGGACGGACUUCCUGCACUUCCAGAACCUGAGGAACCCGGCGAAAAGCCGCGGGGGCCCGGGCCCGGAUUACUAUCUCAAAAACUAUGAGGAUGACAUUGUUCGAAGUGAUGUUGCUUUGGAUAAACAGAAAGGCUGCAAAAUUGCUCAGCACCCUGAUAUUAUGCUGGAGCUCCAAAGAGAGAAGGCAGCUCAGAUGCAUCUGGUUCUUCUAAAGGAGCAAUUCUCCAAUACUUACAGUAAUCUCAUAUUAACAGCCAGGUCUCUAGACAAACUUUAUAACUUUGCUGAUUGCUCUGGACUCCACCUGAUAUUUGCUCUAAAUGCACUGCGUCGUAAUCCCAAUAACUCCUGGAACAGUUCUAGUGCCCUGAGUCUGUUGAAGUACAGCGCCAGCAAAAAGUACAACAUUUCUUGGGAACUGGGUAAUGAGCCAAAUAACUAUCGGACCAUGCAUGGCCGGGCUGUGAAUGGCAGCCAGUUGGGAAAAGAUUACAUCCAGCUGAAGAGCCUCUUGCAACCCAUCCGGAUUUACUCCAGAGCCAGUUUAUAUGGCCCUAAUAUUGGGCGUCCAAGGAAGAACGUCAUUGCUCUCCUAGAUGGAUUCAUGAAAGUGGCAGGAAGCACGGUGGAUGCAGUUACCUGGCAACAUUGCUACAUUGAUGGCCGGGUGGUCAAGGUGAUGGACUUCCUGAAAACUCGCCUGUUAGACACACUCUCUGACCAGAUUAGGAAAAUUCAGAAAGUGGUUAAUACAUACACCCCAGGAAAGAAGAUUUGGCUUGAAGGUGUGGUGACUACCUCAGCUGGAGGCACAAACAAUCUGUCAGACUCCUAUGCCGCAGGAUUCUUAUGGCUCAACACUUUAGGAAUGCUGGCCAAUCAGGGUAUUGAUGUUGUGAUACGACACUCAUUUUUUGAUCAUGGAUACAAUCAUCUGGUGGACCAGAAUUUUAACCCACUACCAGACUACUGGCUCUCUCUCCUUUACAAGCGCCUGAUCGGCCCCAAAGUUUUGGCCGUGCAUGUGGCUGGGCUCCAGCGGAAGCCAAGGCCAGGCCGAGUGAUCCGGGACAAACUAAGGAUUUAUGCUCACUGCACAAACCACCACAACCACAACUAUGUUCGUGGCUCCAUUACACUGUUUAUUAUCAACCUGCAUCGAUCAAGAAAGAAAAUCAAACUGGCUGGAACUCUCAGGGACAAGCUCGUGCACCAGUAUCUGCUGCAGCCCUAUGGGCAGGAGGGCCUGAAGUCCAAGUCAGUGCAGCUGAAUGGCCAGCCCUUAGUGAUGGUGGACGACGGGACCCUCCCAGAAUUGAAACCCCGCCCCCUGCGGGCCGGCCGGACAUUGGUCAUCCCUCCAGUCACCAUGGGCUUUUAUGUGGUCAAGAACGUCAACGCUUUGGCCUGCCGCUACCGAUAAACCACCCCCCACUCAGGAGCUGCCGGGGGGGCCUGCUGGGCUGCUUUCUCCCUUCCACCCUAGUAUCUGCCUCUGCUGCCCCAUCCUGCUGGAAUCAACAUAGAUUUUUCUCUCCAAAGAGACUAAAUGUCAUAGUUUGAGCUUAGCCUAGGUAGCUUGCAUCCAUCCCUAAUGACAUCCUCUGUACCCAUGUAAGAACAAAGGUAUGUGUCUAGAGCUGUAUGUUUUCAUUUACACGCACCAUGAAAGCAGGCUGAUUCCCCACUCCCAGGACAAAUGUUUCCAAACAACUCCCCAUGAUUCUGGCCACACUACAGCAUAACUACAAACCCCCAAGCUGAGCCUAUGGCUACUGCCCGCAGCAGAAGAUGAGGAAGGAAAAUACUAGGAGGACCUGCAAGAACCCAUUCCUCUUCUAACCCCUUCUCUCUUGUCUGUUUCCUGCUGCUGCCCUGGGUUUCCUGAUACCUCUCUUCCUGUAGGAGAGCAAAUGGUGAGUCAGCUCUGGCYUGCUGGGUGAGCUGUUUAUGUAAUUUCCUGGCUGAUGUAUGAGUGUGUGCAUCUGGGUUUCUGACAGUGGCAUCCAUCACUGGCCAUUCCUCCGGGAAGCGGGUGCUUCAAAAGUAGAAUUACAGUCAUACUCCAGAUUCUGUAAGAAGGUUCUUUCUAUUCCUUUGUGAAUCCAGAUUCCCCCAGGCUUGGACGGGAGUCAGGUAACAAUAUUCAUUGAGUAGAGAGCAAUGUAUCAGGCACCACAAAAAGCAAUCAUCAUCCUUCAUGUUGCCAGGAGGACAGAGUUGUAGUGCAAAGGAGAAAGCACGAGGAGACAUCACACAUACCCUGGCUAAGCAAAGCCAAUCAGACCUGCCCCAAACUGAAAACCAGCAGGGCCUGAAAGGGUAAGCCCUUAGUUGUUUGGUUAACCAAAAACCGUCCAGAAGGUGUGAAUCAAAACUUAGCACUGUGAAACACGACGAGACAUAGCCUUUCCGCCUCUUGCCACAUAGAGGAGCCU